AUGGAUGAGUUUCAACACUUUCUUUCAUUUUCACUUUUUAUCGUCUUUCUCUUUCUAAUAAUUCAAAAUUGGAACAGGAACUCGAAAACCCCGAAGAAAAAGCUACCACCAGGCCCGUGGAGGUUACCUAUUAUUGGAAGUGUACAUCACUUGACAAGUGGAGUACCACAUCGAGUUCUCCGAAACUUGUCACAAAAAUAUGGACCCAUUAUGUACUUACAACUCGGGGAAGUUCCCACAAUAGUUGUCUCCUCCCCACACAUGGCCAAACAAAUUUUAAAAACUCAUGACCUCGCUUUUGCAUCUAGGUCGGUAACCAUGUUGGGAAAAAUUAUUUGUUAUACCUGUACUGACAUUGCAUUUUCUCCCUAUGGUGAUUACUGGAGACAAAUGCGUAAAUUGAGCGUCUUGGAGCUACUUAGUGCCAAGAUGGUCAAGUCCUUUAGCUCAAUUCGACAAGAUGAGCUCUCAAUUCUCCUAUCAUCCGUUGACUCAAUGGUAGGUUCGCCAAUCAACUUAACAGAAAAACUUUUAUGGUUUAUGAAUGCCUCGACAUGUAGGUCAGCAUUUGGGGAAGUAUGUAAAGAUAGAGAUGAGUUGAUAACGUUGAUUCAUCGAGCACUGUCAUUAUCUAGUGGAUUUGAGUUGGCUGAUUUGUUCCCUUCGAAAACAUUUCUACAUGGGAUUAGUGGGAUGGAAUCUAAACUUAUGAAAGCUCGUAAUAAGGUAGACACAGUCUUGGACAACAUUAUCAAUGUGCAUAGAGAGAAUCGCACAAAGGGAAAAAAUUGUAAUGGUGAGUCUGGAGUUGAAGAUCUGAUCGAUGUUUUUUUAAGAGUCAUGGAAGGCAGUGAAUUUCAAUUUCCUCUAACAAAUGAAAAUAUCAAAGCAGUUAUUCUUGACAUGUUUGUAGCAGGAUCAGAUACAUCAUCUUCAACUGUUAUUUGGGCAUUAUCAGAAAUGAUGAAGAGUCCAAGUGUCAUGGCCAAAGCACAAGCUGAAGUGAGAGAAGUUUUUAAGGGAAAGAUUACUUGUGAUGCUGAUACUGACCUUGAAAAGCUUGAUUACCUAAAGCUAGUGAUCAAAGAGACACUUAGAUUACACCCUCCAACUCCCUUGUUGGUCCCUCGAGAAUGCAGGGAGGAAACAAAGAUAGAUGGAUUUACUAUACCGUUGAAAAGCAAAAUCUUGGUUAAUGUAUGGGCGAUUGGAAGGGAUCCCGAGAAUUGGGAAAAUCCUGAAUGUUUCAUACCAGAAAGAUUUGAGAAUAGUUCAGUUGAGUUUACUGGAAAUCACUUUCAACUUCUUCCGUUUGGUUCAGGAAGACGAAUGUGUCCAGGAAUACAUUUUGGUAUAGCUCUUGUUACUCUACCGUUAGCCCAUUUGCUUUACAAGUUUGAUUGGAAACUUCCAGAAGGAUUUAAUGCAAGGAAUUUGGACAUGACUGAAUCAAAUGGAAUAACUGCUAGAAGAGAGAAUGAUCUUUACUUGAUCGCUACAUCUAGCUCGUUUUAGUAACUGAGUUCGUAAUAAAAUAUGUAUGGAUUCAUCUAAAUCCAAAGGUAGUACGCUGGCUUUGCCCCUAUCAGAAAUAUCGCUUUAAAUAAUAAUGUUGAAUAAUGGAUCAUAUAUUUUCUUUUCAUCUAGUUUUGUUAUACUAUGAUGAAUAAGGGAUCAUAUAAAUGAAGUAU